AUGGAGCUCACGCCGAAGUAUGUCACUUUAGAAUCCGUGUAUAGUUCACCGGCGACUCAUUGUGGACCCAAUGAGACGCCUCACCAGAAAUUAAGCAACUCCCUCAAGGAGCGUCUAAAGCGAACACGGCGUUCCUUCACCUCGCCCUUCUCUGUGGCCAAGCGCCUUUGCGUGGACGAGGACGACGGCCAACCAGUUGCUUCACAAUCCCGUAUGACGAAUGAUGAUGGUAAUAAAAAUUCUCCACUUAUCAGCCAGUCCACUGACGCCGACGGUCGGGAAGCCAGACUUGGGAGUGAAAUUUUUUCCGGGAUGAAUCCUGGACCGGCACAUACUGACCCGAAAGACUUUGCACAGCGACAGGAGCGGCUCAGCCGGGAGGUUAAGGACAAGACUGAGACACUGCGUCGUCUGAGGAUGGUGAAGAUGUACAGGAGCAAGAACAACCUGGCGCAGCUACAAACCUUGAUCGACAAAUGGCGAAGAUGUGCUCAGAACGCAUUGUAUGAGCUUCAGUCAGCCAUUCCUGUGGAGGGACGCAAGGCCAGUCUGUCUGAACUCAUCGACUUAUUUGGUCUUGACGAGAACAUUCUACACUUUGACCGUGCAGAGGAUGAUUUUGCUUCCUGA